AUGCCGACCUCAAAGACAACCGGGGCGACGUCUUCAGAGGCUGCAGUGAAUUCCAGCUCCAGCAGCAGCAGCGUCGACGAUGGAUUUCACCGUGCCCGAAGAGGUGAAAUAACAGAUAACUUAUCCGGCGGAGAGGUCAUUGACGGCUACGACGCCGAGCGCAUGCGUGCGCGUACCGCAUUGACGGCGGAGGAAGAAAGGAGGCUCAUUCGAAGAAUCGACUGGCAUCUCAUGCCUCUAUGCUCCAUCAUCUUCAUGUUCAAGAACCUGGACUCGGAUAAUGUCUCGAAUGCUCGUAUUAUGAAUAGGGGAACUCCCGACAAUAUCAUGACGCAGUUGGGGAUGACAUCCGAUCAAUACGCUUUGGUUACUGUUUUAUACUAUAUACCAUAUAUCGUCGGAGAAGCACCCUCGAAUCUGCUGCUGAAGAAAUUCUCACCUUCGCAUUGGCAGUCAAGAAUUAUGAUUACAUGGGGAAUCAUGUUGGCAUGUCAUGUCGCCGUUAAGAACAAAGAGGCUUUAUACGUAACGAGAUUUCUCCUGGGUUUAGCGGAAGCUGGAAUGUUUCCGGGAAUUAUACUGCAAAUGACGUACUGGUAUAGACCUGAUGAGAUGUCUCUUAGACUACUCUACUUCUACGUAUGCGGAAAUCUCAGCGGAAUCUUCAGUGGUAUCCUCGCAUUCGCCUUUGACCAUGCCUCGGGAGCAGGAGGCUUGUCUGGAUGGCAGUGGUUAUUCUUGGUGGAAGCGAUAGCGACGAUUAUCAUGGGAGUCGCCGUAUGGUUCUUUUUGCCAGACUUCCCCGAGACAGCGUCCUGGUUGACGGAUAAGGAGAAAGCAUUCGUGCAAGCGCGUCUGCCGUCGAAUUCUCCAAGGGCCUCGGAACAGGAUUUCAAGCUAAGCGAAAUCGUUGCAUCGCUCAAAGACAAGCGGCUGUGGCUCUUCACUUUUAUCUGGGCGUUCUUUACGGUUGGUACCUCAGGAGUGCGAUUCUACCAGCCAACGGUCAUCGCAGACCUCGGAUUCACUUCGAUCGCGCAGGCGCAGCUUCUGAACCUCCCCAUCACGAUCCUGGGCCUCAUCGUGAUCGGCGUAUCUGGGAUCUUUGCCGAUAACGGCCGGCUCCCGAGACCGCUAUAUCCGCUGUCCUUCCUUACCAUAAUCCUUGCGUGCUACGGGGUUCUGGUGGCGUACCCUAAUAACGGCGCGGUUUAUGCGGCGACCAUGAUUGGCAAUGCCGUUACCAGCGCCUGGUACCCCAUGAUGUGGCCGUGGCGUGUCCAGACAACCAGCCGAGCGACGGGGUCAGCAUUUUCCAUCGGCUUCGUGAACAGCUACGGCCAAAUUGGAGGUGCCAUCGGGCCCCAAAUUUUCAGGAGUGCUUAUGCCCCACGCUACCAGAUAUCCUUUGCGAUAGCCAUGGCUCUCGUAGCAUGCUGCAUGAUAACCACCCUGAUUACCUGGUGGGUGACCCGCCAGACUGAGAGCGACACACGGAAGCUCAAGCUGGCGAGGAUUGCCGCUGCCAAGAGAGACGACACGAUCCUGGACGACGUAGUGGAUAAUGACUUAAAGAAGAAGGGUGAUGUCUCUGUGGAAGUCUGA